AUGAUGGCGCCGCCGCGAUCUCUUGCCGAGAGAGACCAAAAUCACCACACCCUCGUUUUCUAGGGCUCUUGGGGAAUUUUAGGGUAGCCAAAUAUUUGCUUGGAGAAGUAGGGUUUAAGCGCCAGAAUGGGGACAUGGAGGCGGCUCUCGAUCGCGAUGAUCCGCUCCUCUGGCGCCUUGUUCGAUCGUCCAGAGGCGCCGCAGAGGUUUGGAUUAGGUCUGAGGAAGCUGCAUUCUCUAUGGCGCGAGAGCCAGAGCCUGGGAAUGGAGCUGGAUCUCAAGCCCGGGGUGGAGCCGAGGGAUGUCCGUGUGAUGUCCUUUGGCGGUGUCGAUCGAAAGAGGAACUCCGAUGAGAUUAUGAAGGCUUUGGGCUAUACCGUCGUUGGACGCCUGGUAGUGGACAAGCCUCUGGCUAUCCCACGGCAGGACGCAUUUGCAGUCUUCCAGAUUGGAGCGAAGCAGUUUAAAGUGACUCCAGGCGACGUUCUUUACAUCGAGAGGCUGAAAUGCGCAAAUGUGAAUGACAAGUUAUCGCUCCACAAGGUGAUGCUACUGGGGACGAAAACAGAAACUGUUGUUGGAAGGCCAUUUGUGCCUGAAGCUACCAUUUCUGCGAUUGUGGAGGAGCAUGCUCUAGAUGCCAAAGUCAUCGUGUUCAAGAAGAAACGAAGGAAGAACUAUCGUAGGACCAAGGGCCAUCGCCAAAUGCUCACGCGGAUAAGGAUCACCCGUAUCAAUGGCCUCGAUCAAUAUGUUAAUAACACGCAAGUGGAACAAGCACCAGCAUCCACAGAAAAUGUCGCUGCCAUUCCUGCUUAGGAGCACCAACGAGGCGGGCCAUUGUAAAUUCCGGAAAGAAUCUUUUUGCUUCUCAGGUACGGAUGUUUCCCAUUAGAUUGAUUCCAAGGUCCAUUGCAUAGUCAAUAAGACAUUGACACAAACGUUUAUUA